AUGGAGUCGCUAGCAUCGUUGAUACCGACGAAACCCGUCCCUACUCCGACGCAAAGGUCCCCGGCGCUCGACGACCUGAUCAUGGGUACCAACAGUAGCAGCAUUGUUUCCAAGCGCAGUGUUGAAAGGUUUUACUACCCAGAUGAGCCACACUAUUUUCGCUACUUCGUCAAGAAGUUUCAGCGGCGAGCGCCCCUGAUCAAUCGUGGAUAUUGGUUGAGAUUGAGAGCCAUUGAUGUUACUGUCAAGCAGUUUCUUUUACGAUCUGCUGGCCGGAAAGUAGUCAUCAAUCUCGGUUGUGGAAGCGAUGUCUUGCCGUGGCAAUGUCAUGCGCGGUAUGGAGACAGCUGCAAUAAUGCAUUGUUUAUUGACGUCGACUACCCAGAUCUCAUGCAUAAAAAGCGAUCGAUUGUUUUGGAGACACCUCAGUUGAAGGGUCUACUCGGGUCAUCAUUCAAAGUUUUUGACUCUGAUCAAGAUCUUGUACUGCUGAAGAGUGAAAAGUACUGCCAAAUUGGAUGCGAUCUUCGCGAAUUGGAAGCACUCCGCCGGGUGCUUGAAACUCUGGUCGACUUGUCAGACUGCCUUGUCCUCUUUGUUGCCGAAGUUUCCAUCACUUACAUGGAUACCGAAUCUGCGGAUAGUUUACUUGAGUGGGCUAGUUCUGUUGGCAAGGCUGAGUUCUGCCUCCUGGAACAACUUUUGCCCUACGGUCGUGGCCACCCUUUCGCCCAGACAAUGCUUAGGCAUUUCGACAAACUGAAGACGCCGCUUCGGUCUGUUGGGCAUUACCCGACCGUCAGUGACCAGUUCAAGAGAUUUAAGAGCCGGGGAUGGUCCAGUGUGCAGAUUUGGGACUUGUGGGACGCCUGGUGCUGUGGCGAGUUUGUAAGUGCCGAAGAAAGGGUCGCCCUGGACGAUAUCGAGCCCUUUGACGAAUGGGAAGAAUUUAUGCUCUUUGCGCGCCAUUACUUCGUUCUCCACGCAUCGGCGACUGAGACUUCAGAGGCAAUGAAUGAAACGGCGGACCUGCAACCAACCGACACAAGACUUAGUACGGAGCUCACUAUGAAUCUCACUACAAUUACCGGUAGCAGCAAACGCCGAUUCGGAGCAUUUGCGACCUUGAAAGAUGUAGAGGGGCGGAAUUUCGGACUGAACAUGAUGGGGCUGGGCUCCAAUUCUCGUGAGGAUAGCUCUGAUAUCUAUUCUCUAGACGGCCGAGCAACAUCCUCCCCGACGUUACCAUUAACCGGCCCAUCACCGCGCAUGUGCUUCACUAUUACCGACCUGGGAUGCCACGGCAUCUUACUUAUAGGAGGCCGCGGCUCCCCAGCUAGCGCCUUUUCCGAUUGCUGGCUUCUCAGAAAUGGCCAUGACCCGAGUUGGCAGUCGACAUGGAAGCUACCAGCUCCUCUGUACCGCCAUUCCGCCUUGAGACUGCCGGGAACAUCAUUGGUUUUUGUAGCCGGAGGCAAAUCAGGCCCUUCGCAGAUAUCUGGGAGUUAUUUUGUGCUUAACCCUGAACAAGGUUGGCUCCAAUGCAAGGUUACUGGAGAGGUGCCGAGGCCAUCAUUUGGCUCCGUUUUAUGCAACAACCCCCCCACACUCAGUUUUACGAAACUAAAGAACGAUGUCGGUCCCGAACUUUCCAUCUUUGGGGCCCAAGUCAUUGACAUCAACGGAAAUACAAUUAUAUGCGGAGGCAUGGCUGAAGAUCAGACUGUUGAUGGACAAGCAAUGUACUGCUUGACCUCGUCUAAUUCUAAUUUCACCGUCGUGAAAAUCAAGCAGUGUCCAGACAAUUCAGCCGCCAAACCAUUUAUGAUUGGCUCAUCGGCUUUGUAUCACGACGGCCGCAUUAUCAUUGCUGGAGGUGGCGCGACCUGCUUUUCCAUGGGAACAUUUUGGGAGACAAAUAUUUAUCAAGCACAGUUGCCUGCAAUCCUCCACAGUGGCCGACCGCCACCGGACGAAGCACCCAAACCCCGAAAGAAACGUGAUAGCGAAGACGGUAGACUUGAUGCAAAAGCUAGCAUUUCGACCAUUGCGCGCCUUAGCCUGAACUCGGCAUCUCAAUUCGAAGGUCUUCUUCAGCGUGGCGAACCUGUGGUGAUCGAGAAUCUCUAUCUGGGAGACUGUCUUGCGAACUGGAAUUCUGAGUACAUGACCGAUAAAGUGGGAAGCGACAAGAAGGUCGUUGUCCACGAAUGCCAACCGGAUAACGGCAAGAUGGAUUUCAACGCAAAAAACUUUCAAUACGUCACAAGCGACUUUGGUACCAUUAUGGCUAGAGCCAAGAAUGGGGACAGAUUGUACUUGCGCUCACUGUCGAAUGACAAGCCGACUGAGCAGCCAGCCAAGCUGGAAGAGGACUUUCCUGACUUGGCAACGGAAUUCGUACUACCAGAACAACUCAGUUAUGUCAAAAAGCAGCUGUUCAGCUCUGUGCUGCGCGUCUCUGGCAGAGUCAACAUGUGGCUGCACUAUGACGUCAUGGCCAAUGUGUACGCGCAGGUUGUCGGAUCAAAGAGAAUGAUUAUAUUUCCACCAAGCGAUGUACCGUAUUUGGCAUUUGCGCCCGGCGCCUCCAGUUCCAGCGUAGAUGUGUUUGCAUUGCUGGAAACGCCAAAGCUCGCUCGUACACAGCCUUAUGAAGCCAUUGUUGGCCCUGGCGAUGUUUUAUUCUUACCACCUCUCUGGCUACAUACCGCAACGCCCAUGACAAACAUGAGUGUAGCAGUAAAUACGUUCUUUCGCGACCUAGACCUUGGGUACGCCACUGGGCGAGAUGUGUACGGGAAUAGGGAUCUAGCCGCCUAUGAAAGGGGCAGACAAGACGUCGCCAAGAUUGCGAAGCAAUUCCAGAAACUACCAAAAGAGACACGCAGGUUCUAUCUGGCAAGGCUGGCAGAUGAGCUACUGCAAGCGGGGGAAGGCAAUUGA